AUAUUUGUCUCAAUUAUUAAAUAAUUUCUUUCCAAAUUUAAUUUUGCAAAUAUACUACUAAGAUGACAUGUUAUUAUUUUGUCAAAAUAUUAUUUAAUACUUCAAAAUUAAUUGCACAAUAGUUAGCAAUAUUUUACGAAAGAUCAUUAUGAAUCAAUUUUUAUGCAAAAUUUCUAUCUUAUGUAUAUAGAAUAAUAUAUUGAAUCAUAUAUACAAUUAUAUAUAGAAUAAAUGUACUGGUAUUUGGAAAUAGUGAUGGGAUAACGCAAAGUUUUCGGGGUGAGAGUGUCACCCGCUUAUUUCUGACAGCACAUUUCGCAGGCAAUAUUGAUCAAAUACGGUGGUUUCCUGCACGUAUCGCGGAGACACGCACACGGCACUCGACGCAAGGCGAAGACGUUCAGUUGAGCGUCCCCGACGACAACUGCGCGGAGCGAAUCCGGGAGAAAGAAAGAUUGCAUCGCGUGGAAAAUAUGUCCGAGCAGCAAGUGGAUUCGUCGUACGACUCGAGACCGGUAACGUCGACGAAGAAAUCGGAGAGGCCGCCGUUCAAACUGUGUUUUUCGCGAAACCAGCAGAUCGGGAAAUCCGACGCUCGCGUAUCAAAAACGAACGUGGACUUCGUCACACCAAAAUUCUACUCGCGGACACUCGAGGACGCGCGAAAUGCGGACGUAGGCGACACGCUCGAGAGACUCGCCGCCGAGCAAGAGAGGAGCCCGAGGAGGCUAUACCAGACGCCGUUAUUGACCAGCCACACUUACGGUUGGUGGCACGACCGGGGGAUACACCCAAAGGACACGCGGCUUGACUUUCACAAGAGAACGUCCGACCUGGUGAGCUUCCAGAUGAAAAUCUAUGCCGAGGAUCGAAAGCUGAAAGGCCUUAAGCAAUAAAAGAGGUGUCGAAGUCGUAAAUCAACUUUAUUUUAUCACUCGCUAUUGAUGUAAUAAUGUAAUUGUAAUAAUAGUAACUUAAUCAUUAAAAAAAAACGUGUAUGCCAGUAGAACGAUCUACUCAUUUUUCAAUCCUUCAUCUAUCGAAUGACCGAAAGACCUUUUAAUACAAGAGAUAUAGCUACUACCACACGCAAAAAAUGUAUUAUUACUCUACAUGUAUCCGUAAUACGUUCGAAUUCUUUGAGUUGACACAAUUAAAUUAAAAUAAAUGCGGAUCAGCAAUCUCAGUAACGACAGUUUUUGAGAUUUGAGCAAAUUGAAAAAUUAUUAUUGGAGCAUUUUUCAGAUACGUCCGUCAUAAUUGUUCGCCGAUCAAGAUACAGUUAGCAAACUUUUGCGUAGCAAUCAGCAAUGUUCUCUAAAUUGCUCGCGCAUGUGCGGCACGUUGAUAACUAAUGCUUUUAUAAAUGUAUGAUAAAAAUGCAGUCGUGUAUGCGAAAUAAGGUGUAAAAGCAUUCGGCAGAUCUCGGACCAGAAGUUUAAGUAAAGGAACCAAGUAAUUAGAUAU